AUGUCACUCUUUUCACGAGACGCGGUGUCACGUGGCGGCGGGGCCCAGAGGCGCCAAGGCCCCGCACUUGCCAUCAGUGGGGUGAACCUUAACGUGCUGCGCGAGUUCCUGGACAUGUGCCUGGGCAGCAAGCUGAGGGCCGGGGCGGGCAGCGGCCUCUGGGCCGAGCUCACCAAGGCCAGCGUGGAGAUCCAGGGGCACCACGAGGAGGCGCCGCAGGCCCUUCAGCAGCUGCUGCUGCAGGAGUGCUACCUGGACAGAGACCAGAUGGGCCUGUACCACGCGACCAAGGGCCUGAUGAUGCUGCAGGCCUGUCAUGUAAAGCUGCCACCCGAGAAAUUCGCCCCAAAGAGGCAGGGUGAUGGGCAGGACUUGCCCACAGAGUCCAAGAAGCUGCCGCUGAACUCAGCUGAGGAGCUCUACGUCGAGAUCCUAGACCGCAACUUCAAUGCCGUGGGCGCCGUGCUCAGCAAGAAGGCCAAGGUCAUCUUGGCCGCCUUUGAGGUAACUGGGGCCUGGGGCCAAGCGGCAGGUCAUGUAAAACUGCCACCCGAGAAAUUCGUCCCGAAGAGGCAGGGUGAUGGACAGGACCUGCCCACAGGGGCCAAGAAGCUGCCGCUGGACUCAGCCGAGGAGCUCUACGGCGAGAUCCGAGACUGCAACUUCAACGCCGUGGGCGCCGUGCUCAGCAAGAAGGCCAAGGUCAUCUUGGCCGCCUUUGAGCUGACUGGGGCCUGGGGCCAGGCGAAGAACGAUGGUGCCGUGGCCGGAACGAGGUACUUCCAGUGUCAGCCCAAGUAUGACUUGUUUGCUCCCAUUCACAAAGUCACCAAGAUCGGCUUCCCGUCCACGACGCCGGCCAAGGGCAAGGUGGCCGCCGUGAGGCGUGUGAUGGCCACCACCCCUGCCAGCCUGAAGCGCAGCCCUUCGGCCUCCUCGUUCAGCUCCGUCAGCUCCGGGGCCUCAUUCGAGAGCAGCAGAUCUGGCGUCACGGGACUAUUGCCAGAAACUUCCUACUAUGCCCACAAGAUCUCCAGCACCACCGCCCUCCAGGAGGCGCUGAAGGAGAAGCCGCAGCACAUUGAGAAGCUGCUGGCUGAGCGGGACCUGGAGCGGGCGGAGGUGGCCAUGGCCACAAGCCACGUGGGGGAGAUAGAGCAGGAGUUGGCCCGCCGGUGCGGGCACGACCAGCACGUUCUGGAGCUGGAGGCCAAGAACGACGAGCUGCGGGCCAUGUUGGAAGCAACCGACUGGGAGAAGGUGGAGCUGCUGAAACAGCUGGAGGAGGAGAAGAGGAAAGUGGAGGACCUCCAGUUCCGAGUCGAGGAGGAGUCCAUCACCAAAGGCGACCUGGAGGUAAAGCCCGGGCAGGUCCCGGAGGCUUGCAGGGUGCAGGCAAGGAUGCGGGGCGGCCUGGCCGACCCCGCCGGGACCCAGAAGGAGGUAAAGGCCCUGCAGGCGGCCUCUGAGAAGCUUGCCAAUGAGAACGAGGGCCUGAGGACCAAGCUGGACCAUGCCAACAAGGAGAAUGCGGACGUGAUCGCCCUGUGGAAGUCCAAGCUGGAGACGGCCAUCGCCCCGCACCAACAGGCCAUGGGCGAGCAGAAGGCAUCCGUGAGCCAGGGCGUGGGCGCCGAGGCGGCCGAGCUGGCCGAGCUCAAGGUGCAGAUCGAGAGGCUACAGUUCGAGUACCAGCAGGAGGUGGAGAGCCUGAAGGCCCAGCAGGCGGCUGAGCGUGCAGCACACGCCUCCGAGCUGCAGACGCUCAGGUCGCGGCUGUUCAGGACAGCCCAGGAGCAGAAGAACAGCCUGGAGGCCGCACGGGCCAAGCUCGAGCAGAUCGAGGACCAGCACCUGGUGGAGAUGGAGGACGCCCUGAACAAGCUGCAGGAGGAGGAGAAGAUGGACGUGAGCCGCAGCCAGUGCCAGGCUCUGCAGGCCGAGCACACCAAGGCCAGAGUGGAGAGCCAGGGGCAGUACGAGGAGGCGCUGCAGGCCCUGCAGAAGCUGCUGCUGCAGGCGGAGGAGAAGCUGCAGGCAGCGGAGGCGGAGAACGGGAGCCUGCUGCGACAGGUGGCCGAGCUGAAGUCGCAAGCCGAUAAGGCCAAGUUCGGAGCCUGUGUGGUCUCUUUGCCGCGGUGCGCCCACCCUCUGCUGGCCGUCUGCGGUAUUGCAGUCUGGAGCGCGUGUGGCCCCUUUGCCGUGGUGGUCCCGCCCCCUGCUGGCCGUCUGCGGUAUCGCAGUAUGGAGCGUGCGUUCAAGCCGGGCGCCCACGAGGAGGAAGACGCGGAGCCCAAAGCCUGA